UUGCACAGUUGUAAUUACAAAAUCUCGUUUAAACGUUAGUAAGCAACAUGGCGGAUAAGAAGAAAAACGAUGCCGAUUCCAAGGAAAAAAGUGAUACCAAGGUUCCUCCGAAGGAUGAAGAACAAGAUCUUUCUGAAGAAGACAAACAGUUACAAGAAUCCUUGAACCUUAUGGUGGAGAGGCUUACUGAAUCUGAUCAAAAGCAUUACAGGCAAGCUCUAGAAUGUCUUCGUACUGAAAUCCGUGCCUCAACUACUUCCAUGACGUCAGUUCCUAAGCCAUUGAAAUUCUUGCGUCCUCAUUAUGGCUCAUUGAAAAAGGCUUAUGAGAAGAUCAGCGAUGAGGAGACAAAGCGUUUUUGUGCUGACAUUAUCUCUGUACUGGGUAUGACCAUGAGUGAAGAAAGAGACAGUUUAAAGUUUCGUCUGCUUGGUUCUAAUGAAGAGAUUGGUUCCUGGGGCCAUGAAUAUGUCAGACAUCUUGCUGGGGAAGUCAUCCAAGAAUGGCAAGAGACUUCAGAGAAGGAUGGUGAAAUCAGAGAGAAGCUGAUUAGUUUGGCAAAGGAUAUUGUACCAUAUCACAUGGAACAUAAUGCUGAGGCGGAAGCUUGUGAUCUUCUCAUGGAGAUAGAACAGCUGGACCUACUGGAGGAACAUGUUGAUGAGAAUGUUUACCCAAGAGUCUGCCUCUAUUUAACCAGUUGUGUACCAUAUGUUCCUGAUCCAGAGAAUACCAUUCUUAUUCGCAAAGCUGUCCACUUGUACAGGAAAUUCAAGCAGUAUCCUCAUGCUAUGAGGUUUGCUAUGCAAGUAAAUGACUUGCAAUUAAUGAGAGAGAUCUUUUACAGUUGUGAUGAUUUGUUAAUGCAAAAACAGUUAUCAUACAUGCUUGGCCGACAACAAAUUUAUAUGGAGCUUGAUGAAGGCACACCAGAAUUAGAAGAAAUAAAGGAUAUUAUGUUUAAUACGCAUUUGAAUGGUCACUUCUUGGCCCUUGGUAGGCUUGCAGUCAUAGAAACUAAGGUAACUAACAUAUACAAGCACCUAGACUUUGAGAACAGGACAACUAUUGGAUCCGGUAAUGUUGAUUCAGCCCGGCAAAAUUUGGCUGCCUCAUUUGUUAAUGGAUUUGUUAAUGCUGCCUUUGGCAAGGACAAACUUAUCAUGGAAGGUAACGAAUGGCUUAACAAGAAUAAAGAUAUUGGUAUGUUGAGUGCUACUGCAUCCCUUGGGCUGAUUCUUCUCUGGGAUUUAGAUGGUGGCCUCAGUAAGAUUGAUAAGUACCUCUAUUCACAUGAAGAUAAUAUUAAGGCUGGUGCCCUUCUAGCUUGUGGUAUUGUAAGCUCAGGUGUACGCCAUGAAUGUGACCCAGCUCGAGCUCUUUUAAAUGAUUAUGUUCUUGAUUCAAAAUUGAUCAUGCGUAUUGGUUCAAUUGUUGGAUUGGGUUUAGCUUAUGCUGGUUCCAACCGAGAGGAUGUCAUUAAUCUGUUACUUCCAGUUCUUGGAGACAGUAAAUCUACAACUGAGAUUAUUGGAAUGGCUGCUCUUUCUUGUGGUUUGAUCUCUGUGGGUAGUUGCAAUGGUGAUGUCUCUUCAACCAUAAUACAGAAAAUGAUGGAAUGGCCUCAAGCAGACCUCAAUGACACAUAUACGCGAUAUUUGUCUUUAGGUCUAGCUUUGACAUAUCUUGGUAAACAAGAAGCUGUAGAAGCUACACUUGCUGCUUUGGAAGCUGUGGUUGAACCAUUGAAAUCUAUGACCCAGAUGUUAGUAAAUAUUUGUGCUUACGCAGGUACUGGUAAUGUAUUAAAGAUUCAGCAACUUCUACAUUUAUGUUCAGAGCAUGACGAAUCUAAAGAUCAGGAUGGUAACGAUAAAAAAGAUGACAAAAAGAAGAAAGAAGACAAGAAAGACGAGAAAAAAGACAAAGAUGAUAAAGACAAAGAUACUGUUCCUGCUAAACCAGAUCUCUCAGCUCAACAAGGUUUUGCUGUUCUAGGAAUUGCACUUAUUUCUAUGGGGGAAGAGAUCGGAGCUGAAAUGUCUUUCAGAGCUUUUGGACAUUUGCUACGUUAUGGAGAACCAGUUAUUCGACGAGCUGUUCCUUUGGCUUUAGCAUUGGUGUCAGCUUCCAAUCCCAAACUACAGAUUUUGGAUACCUUAAGCAAGUUUUCACAUGACAGUGAUUCUGAAGUCAGUUAUAAUGCUAUUUUAGCUAUGGGUAUUGUUGGUGCAGGUACAAACAAUGCACGAUUGGCUGCCAUGUUGCGUCAGCUGGCUGGCUAUCAUGCUAAAGAUCCAAACAACUUAUUUAUGGUACGCUUAGCACAAGGUUUGACUCACUUAGGUAAAGGGACUCUCACUCUUUGUCCAUAUCAUAGUGACAGAUCUUUGAUGAGCCCAGUAGCUGUUGCAGGUUUGCUGUCUGUACUCAUAUCCUGUCUUGAUGUUAAAACCAUUAUCCUUGGCAAGUCCCAUUAUGUAUUGUACCAUUUAGUAUCUGCUUUACAACCCAGAAUGCUUGUAACUUUUGAUGAACAGUUGAAGCCAGUUGGUGUAUCUGUCAGAGUAGGACAGGCAGUAAAUGUCGUUGGUCAGGCAGGCAAACCAAAGACCAUUACAGGCUUUCAGACACAUACCACACCUGUACUGCUGGCAUAUGGAGAAAGAGCUGAGUUAGCAACUGAUGAAUAUUUCCCUCUCACACCAGUCAUGGAAGGUGUUGUCAUUUUAAGAAAGAAUCCAAAUUAUGAAGCCUAGCGCAUGUUUUAUUUUUUUUUUCUCCCCAUUGUUAAUCUUUACAUCUUUUAACAUCUUCAUGGCUGUUUUUGCAACUCAUUGAGAGAAGACAUUACCGCAAAAUCUCAUUGCACUGCAGCUGUAGCUGACUGCAGUACUUAUAUUCAGUGUUAACGGCAUUUUGGGGUGGUGAAAUAACAAGACAGUGUUACUAAUUAUGUAACUCAGAAACAAAUUAAUUAAUUAAAGACAAUUUUUCAUUACA